GUGUGCCUAUGGACACUGCAUAUAUAAGCCAUUUGGUGGACUGUCUGUGCAGUUCCUCCUGGUUUCACAGCGAGAGCAUCAGGCAGCAUGACCUCACAGCGAUGGAUGCUGGCAUUCUGCUUUUCACUGGCCUCAGUUUUAAGCCCGGGGGAAUCUAUCACAGCAAAAGAAACUCAGAAAUACACUUGCAGGACAUUUGGCAGCGGGGUCGUCCAGCGUUUCAGCGGUUCAAGUUUCUAUGUUCGCUCCAACUGCCCAUUCACCCUAACCCGUUUCACCCACAACCGGGUGGAAUGUGAUAUCACCACACGGCGUGGUGACAACGGGCUGCUGGUCCAAGUUGAGAUCAUAAUCAACAAAGUCAGGACUGUUGUGCAGAAUGGGAGCAUCCUGGUGGAGAAGAAAAGUGUUUCCCUUCCAUACGACCACACCUACCAGCACAUCUUUCACUACGGCAUCUACACUAAACUGAAGAGCUCGCUGCUCCCUCUGUCUGUCGCCUGGCACAAUGUACCGGGAGGAAUAGACUCUUUGUGGGUGGAGCUAGAGCAGGAGCUGAGCACCGACAUGACUGGACUGUGUGGAAACAACGUCCCAGGCAACAAGGAGCAGCUGAUUAAGGAGAGCGUACUUCCUGAGGACACAUGUCAAACCCGAGAUCUUAAGUCACCUCUGAAUCCAGUAUGCCGGGAAUUUGUUUCCACGGACUUGGAAUGUCUACUACCCAGGGCUUCCCAAUAUUUCCAACUCUGUGAAGAGAACAUUUACGGCUAUGAAAUGAGCAAAUACAUCGGCUGUGCUUUCUUCAAUGAAGUUGUCCAACAGUGUGGAAACAACAGCGAAAUCUGGAAGAGAUGGAGAAGUGUAACCAAAUGUGCGGAACCAAGUUGUUCAGGAGACCUGGUUUAUGUGGAACAGGGCGCGGCCUUUGUUCCCAGCUGCUCAAAUCCAAACCCUAGAUUCUCAAACCAAGAACUCACCAGCUCCUGUGUCUGCCCAGAGGGCAAGGUGCUUAAUGAUCACGCAGAUGGCUUCCAUUGUGUGAGUGUGUCCAGCUGCCCCUGUGUCUUUGCUGGUAGGAGAUACUCACCCGGAGACGUGCGCACAUCCAAGUGUCAGUCAUGUAUGUGCGACAGUGGGAAAUGGAAAUGCUCUGAAAAAAACUGCCCUACCAGAUGUCUCAUUGAAGGGCAGUUUGUGAGAACAUUUGAUGGCAAACAAUAUGCCCUCCCCGGUAAAUGUACAUAUGUGGCUUCAAAGGGUCUCAACUGGACGAUAAAAAUCAAGUUUUCUGAUAAGGCACCCUUUCUGGAAACAGUCACUCUUCUGCUUUCUCAGGACAUGUAUAUGUUUUCAGACAACAUGGUUAAAUUCGGAGAGGAGGAGAUCACUGAACUUCAUCAGUCUGAUCACGCUCUGGUUUUCUGGCAGUCCUCCAUGUAUGUCCAGGUCCACACAUCGUUUGGUAUGAAGAUCCAAGUCCAGGUGUCUCCUGAAAUCCAACUGUACAUCACCCCACCCAGAAACCACACCGAGGUGAUCUCAGGUCUUUGUGGAAACGACAACAGUGACACCACAGACGACUUCACCACCAGCAGCAGGAUCAUCGAGAACUCGGCUCAACCUUUUGCUCAGUCCUGGAGUGUGGGUGACUGUCGGGUGAACAUACACAGUACUUGCAUCAACAAAGACAAUGAAAUAUUUGCCGAUGAGAAGUGCUCUGUGUUGACAAACCCAACUGGAGUAUUUGCUCCAUGUCAUGGUUAUAUCCCAAUUGAUCACUACCACACGGCUUGCAUCCAAAGAACAUGCAACUGUGGUAGAAGUCUUCCGCAGUGCUUGUGUGUUGCCCUGGGCAGCUAUGCCAAAGCCUGUGCCAAUAUGGGUGUUUUAGUUGGUGACUGGAGGAGAGCCACCAACUGCACUUUGAAAUGUCAGAAGAACCAAGUAUUCUCCUACAACAUGCAAGCCUGCAACCACACAUGCCGUUCCCUGUCUGGCCAUGACCCUCGCUGUGGGCUGGAAGACGCUCCUGUGGAGGGCUGUGGCUGUCCAGAGGGAACUCACCUGAACCAAGGAGACACCUGUUCCACAAAGGCAGAGUGCGAUUGUCACCACUACCGCGGUACAACGCCCCCAGGCCCUGUUGUUAUCGACAGUCGACAGUGUGUCUGUGAGAAUGGAGAACUGAAAUGUUCUCAGGAUUGUGGGUGCAGAAAUGGGAAGGUUUGUGUUCAUUGCUCCAAGAAUGUUGUUAACACAGCUCCGAAAACCUGUGACAGUCUCAGCAAACCAAUGGGUCCCUGUGAGAGUGGCUGUUACUGCCCAAUCGACCAGUACGAAGAUCACCGUGGAAACUGUGUUUCUCUGCACAACUGCACCUGUAUGUACAGUGGCAAAGUAUUCAGUGCAGGACAGCAUGUCAAAACCAACUGUAAAACAUGUGUCUGUGGUCAGGGUCAGUGGGACUGCAAAGACGAGCCGUGUCCUGGGAAAUGUCAAGUUUACGGAAACGGACACUACCAGACCUUUGACUCCAAAUGGUACCGCUUUGAUGGACAUUGUCAGUACACACUUGUAGAGGAUGGCUGUGGAACUAGAAACGGCACCUUCUCUGUCAGAGUGGAGGGUGUCCCCUGCUGUGAUGAGGCGCUUACCUGCUCUCGCUCUAUCGUCCUCAACCUGCAGGGCGAGGUCACCCUGACACUGAGUGACAUGAAGGUGACCAGACGCCAUCAUGAAGGCUGGACUCUGAAGGACCAUUCCCUUUACUCCACACACACUGUGGGACUCUACAUCAUAAUCUCAGUGCCAAGCAGAGGGAUAACUCUCAUUUGGGACAAACACACCCGGAUCACCAUAGAGCUGCAUGAAAAAUGGAGGAACAGAGUGUGCGGCCUCUGUGGGAAUUUUGACUUCAACGAGAUGAAUGACCUACAGAUAAGUGGCUCAGCAGUGGUGUCCGGUCCCCUGGCAUUUGGCAACAGCUGGAAAGCCGCCACACCCCCUUGCUCUGAUGUGACCAAAGAGAUAUUUCCAUGUGAACGCAACUCUUACUGCUUAGCCUGGGCCCAGCGGCGCUGUAUGAUCAUUAAAGGAGACACAUUCAAAGAUUGCCACUUAAAAGUGGAGCCAGAUCCCUACUACCAAGCCUGUGUGCAGGAGUCCUGCUCCUGUGAGUUUGAAGGGAAGUUUCUGGGCUUCUGCACAGCUGUGGCAGCCUACGCAGAGGCCUGCAGCGACCAGAAUGUGUGUGUAAAAUGGAGGACACCUGAUUUGUGCCCGGUCUACUGUGACUUCUACAACGAGCAAGGCCAGUGUAGCUGGCACUAUGAAGCCUGUGGUGAGAUGCUAACCUGCGGCAAAGACAACUACAUCAAUCACAAGUUGGAAGGUUGCUACCCCAGAUGUUCAAGACAAGUGCCAUACUAUGAUGAAAAUACUGGUGAAUGCACAGAAUUAAGGAACUGCACCUGUUAUUUUAAUGACACUGUCAUUCAGCCUGGGGCAACUGUCAUGAUACAGUCUAUAGAGUGCCGCUGUAAAAAUGGAGCAAUAAACUGUCGUAAGUCUACUACCACUACACCUACCACCACUACACCUCACACCACUACAACUACCACCACUAAACCUACCACCACUACACCUACCACCACUACACCUUACACCAUUAAACCUACCACCACUACACCUACCACCACUAUACGUCAUACCACUACACCUACCACCACUACCACUACACCUACCACCACUUCACCUUACACAACUCCACCUCAACCCAUCACUAAUCCUACUCCUAGCAACCCACCAACCUCUCCACAAGUAGGGUGUAAGUGUAAAGACUUGAAGAGGAAAAAACACUGGACUUGCGGUGAGACGUGGACCGAGGACUGCUUUCAUAAAAACUGUACAGAUGGGAAGAUAGAGUUGACUCCGGUGGUUUGCCCAAUGCCCAAUCCAAUUCCAAACUGCCCCAGAGGCCAGGUCACAAGAGUCUCAGAUGGAUGCUGUGACACAUGGAAGUGUGACUGUCGCUGUGAGCUAUCUGGAGAUCCACACUACACCUCUUUCCAAGGUGUAUACUUUGAUUUCCUGGACGAUUGCACUUACAUCCUGGUGGAGGAGCAGACCCCACGUCAUAAUCUGACCAUUGCUGUGGACAACUUCUACUGUGUGCAGGGCCUCCAAGGCUCCUGUGCUAAAGGCAUCAUCCUGAAAUAUCAGAACAACAUAGCUACACUCAGUAUCCUUCCCAAUAUGGUUAAGGCCACUCUGAACAAGGUAACCAUUGAGCCGCCAUAUGAGGAGCAUGGGUUGAGGUUUGAGACCACGGGGUACAUAGUGUCAAUCUACAUCCCAGAGGUCCGCUCUUAUGUCUCCCUCAGUCCGCAUUAUAACCUGGGGGUCAGUCUGGCUAUGGAGCACUUCAUCAACAACACCCAGGGACAAUGUGGUGUAUGUGGUGGUGGAUCGUGUAUCCGUAAAGGAGGGAAGAUCGAGAAAGACAGCUGCUGUGAUAAGACGGCCUAUGACUGGGUGUACGCUGACCCGCUGAAGCCAGCCUGUGCUUCUGCACCAAGGGACAGACCUUGUGACUAUGUACCCCCUAUCCCAUCCCCUCCAACCCCCUGCCCUGCGACCAGACUAUGCGAUCUGCUAGACCACCCAGUCUUUUCAAAUUGCAGAAGGUAUGUGAAUCUGAACUCUACAAAGAAGAACUGUGAGUUUGAUUCAUGCAGAAAUGGUCCUUGCUCUUCACUAGAACAAGCUGCUGAUGAAUGCAAGAAGGCUGGUUUCUGUAUUGACUGGAGAGUACUGACUAAUGGAGGCUGUGAUGUGACAUGUCCAAAAGGAUUGGCUUACAGAGAAUGUCAUAACAAGCUGGAUGACUUCUGCGAUGGAGGGAGACAAUAUCCAGGAGCCUCCCUCGAGAAAAACAAGGCUGGUUGUUUUUGUCCCAGCGGCCUCUUCAGGGCAGGAAAUCACUCUGACAUCUGUGUGUCUGACUGUGCCUAUUGUAAAGGACCACUCGGUGAGCCCAAACUGCCUGGUGAGGUAUGGCAGUCCGGCUGUAAUAUGUGUACAUGCAACAACCAGACUCGCACAGAAAAGUGUUUUCCAAAACCUCCUGUGCCACUUGUCACCUGUCGCCCCAAUGCUGUGCUGGUAAACACCUCUUGCUGUGGUGAUCAGAUUUGUGUUGAGAAGACGUGCAGUUAUCAAGGAAAAACAUACAAGGUUGGAGACAGAUGGACGGAUGCCGCCCAUCCCUGCAUGUCAUAUAACUGCAGCAUAGCGGGUAUUCAGACUGAGACUAGAGUCUGUCCCACAGUAGAGUGUCAGGAGGAGGACAGAAUUUGGGAUGAUCAACACUGCUGCUUUACAUGUAACCAGAGGUGUGCUCCAAAGGUGACCAAUAUCAGUGUUACCGUAGACAAGUGUACCACCGUCAUGCAGAUACCUGUGUGUCAGGGCCAAUGUGUGUCUCAGCCCAGUGUCGUGUUACACGGUGAGCUGCAGGUGGAGCAGAAGUGCGGAUGCUGUCAGGAGUUGAGCUCAGAGAAGAGACCAGUAACUCUGCAGUGCUUUGACCGCACAAUCAGACCUUUCACCUACAAGCACAUCACCAGCUCCUUUGGUGGAGCCUAUAUCAAGAGCUCCAUCACCCAGAUUGAGAGGCGCUUUAAUGUCCCCAGCUCCCUCAUAGGGGUUAUAGAUGGCAGCUUCGAAAUGGAACUAACAAAAAAAACUGGACUCUACUUCCUCUCUAACAUGCCCUGGAGAGGCGUCUACCGCACAGUUGUCAAGAGACAGAAGAAGUUAACACUGAGGAAUCAGGCUGAAGAAAAUGGACUAGAGGGUAACACGGUGGAAAAUGGACACGCCAACAUCAGCACUGGCAAAAACAAAGAAGACGGUGACCUGCAGGUGGAGCAGAAGGGCAGAUGCUGUCAGGAGUUGAGUUCAGACAGGAGAGCAGUGACUCUGCAGUGCUUUGACCUCAAGAUCAGACACCACACCUACAAGCACAUCACCAGCUGGGAGUGCCGAGCCUGCAGCAUACUGCACUGA